UAUUCUUCAAUGAAUAACAUAUUGUCACCCACCCAAGGAGACGCUCCGUUUGCCGAUUUCGAGCCAAUCAGUCUCCCUUCUUCUGUCUCGUCAUCUUCCUUCACGCAAAUCAACUUUUGGUGCCUCUCAUGAUCAUUCCAUGGUCCAAUAAGUGAACAAGAAAUUUUUUCAAUAGUUUACUUUCUCACAGAAGAAAUCAGAGAUAUUGUUGCUUAUUCACUCUGUCUUCGAUUCAUCUUCUUUUUAAGUUGUUAGAUAGUAAAUGAUUCGCUCUGUCCACUCUUUAGGGUUUCAUUUUUCUCCAACUGUUUCUGGAGCUCUUAAUUGAUUUUAGGGUUGACGAUUUUGAUCUUUACUCAUUUGGGCUUGUCGGGAUAUGGAUGAAUAUAAUCAACUGGGUGAAAACGCGUCUUCAAGGGGUAGUUUCUUGUAUGGCGGACCAAUUCUUGCACCAAGUUCUUCUUUAUAUGGAAGAACAAACAGUGGAUCGAAUAAUCAGCAAAGCCAGUUGCCAAUUAACAAUUUUCAUCUUCAAUCAAGUGAUUGCUACGAUCAAUCUGAAGGGCAAGGUCAUACUUCUGUAAAAACUGAAGCUGGGACUUCCCAAAUUCAUGCUUCCAAGUUUCACUACCCUUCUGUAAUUAGAGGGCACUACUCGGUUCAAGAUCAUCGCCCAAGGCAACAAGAAAGUGAGAAUUCUAGUGAAGUUGAUGCCAUUAAAGCCAAGAUUAUUGCUCAUCCUCAGUACUCCAAUCUUUUGGAAGCAUAUAUGGAUUGUCAAAAGGUGGGCGCUCCGCCGGAGGUGGUGGCUCGGCUCACGGAGGUCCUCCAAGAGUUUGAGACAAGACAGCGAGCUUCAGCGGCCAGUAGAGAUGUGUCAAAAGACCCAGAACUUGACCAAUUCAUGGAAGCUUACUAUGACAUGCUGGUGAAGUACCGUGAGGAGCUUACAAGGCCUUUACAAGAAGCUAUGGAAUUCAUGCGAAGGAUUGAAACGCAACUGAACAUGCUGACAAGUGCUCCCGUUCGGGUUUUCAAUUCUGCAGAGGAGAAGUGUGAGGGUGUUGGUUCAUCUGAAGAAGAUCAAGAUAAUAGUGGUGGAGAAACCGAACUUCCUGAGAUUGAUCCACGCGCUGAAGACCGUGAACUGAAGAACCACUUAUUGAGAAAAUAUAGUGGAUAUUUAAGUAGUUUAAAACAAGAACUUUCCAAGAAAAAGAAGAAAGGAAAACUACCCAAAGAUGCCCGACAGAAGCUACUUAGCUGGUGGGAAUCACACUAUAAGUGGCCAUAUCCAUCGGAGUCAGAGAAAGUGGCAUUGGCUGAAUCAACUGGUUUGGACCAGAAACAGAUAAACAACUGGUUCAUUAACCAAAGAAAACGACACUGGAAACCUUCGGAAGACAUGCAGUUCAUGGUGAUGGAUGGCCUCCAUCCACAGAAUGCAGCCCUUUACAUGGAAGGUCAUUAUAUGGGUGAAGGUCCUUACAGGUUGGGGCCAUGAUGCAUAACCAGGUUAUGGAGGGAGUACACGGUUUGGGGACUAAGGUUGCAUCGGGGUAGUUCUAUUUUCAGACAUGGCAUGAAAGUUGUAGCUCUGCCGUUUGGUCCAAUUGCAAUAAUUGGAUACACAUCUUUGACAGCCCAAGCUGAUAUAUAUUAUUGUUACAAGUAUCAGUAUCACUAAAUACUAUUUGCGUUCGUUUCUGAACUUGAAUGUCAUUUGCUUCCUGAUCUGUCGAAGAUGUUGGUGCUUUUAUUUUUCUGUGUGGCUAAGUUAUGUAUACACUUGAGAAAGUAUAUGCAAUAUGAAGCAUUUGUAGUGUAUUGAAGGGUUGUAUUAUUCUUCCAGUUCAAUUAUAUAUAUCAUUGAAAA